CCACUGUUCAAAAAAUUUGGCCUAAACUAACACAUACUGAACGGCAUUUCUGUGCAGCUCUGCAAUUUCCUCUCUGGGAGCGCUGCUUAGGGUUCGUCAAGUCCGGCAUAGAUGUUCUCGAAGAGGAAAUAUGUCGAUGGUGGUGAUGGACAUGAAAUGGGGCUGAAGCGGCCACACCUUUUUGAUUCAGGUUCAUCUUAUUUUGGGGUCCCAUCCAGUUCAGGUCUGAUGUACAAUGCGUCUUAUGCGUAUAGUGGCGAACCUCCACCAUUUCCGGUUGUUCGAUUGCGCGGCCUUCCUUUUGAUUGUACAGAGGCUGAUAUUAUUGAUUUUCUCCAUGGUCUGGAUCUAUUGGACAUUCUUUUUAUUCAUAAAAGUGGCCGAUUUACUGGAGAAGCUUAUUGUGUCCUGGCAUAUCCCCUUCAAGUAGAUUUUGCCAUUCAGAGGGAUAGGCGAAACAUGGGUAGAAGGUACGUAGAGGUUUUCAGAAGCUCAAGGCAAGAAUACUAUAGUGCUAUAGCAAAUGAACUUUCAGAUAUGAGGGGUGGUUCUCCACGUCGCGUUGCUCCUAGGGUAAAAUCAAAUGAUGAAGGAAAGGAUCUAAUUGAGCACACUGGAAUAUUGAGAAUGAGGGGUUUGCCAUAUUCUGCUGGGAAGGAGGACAUCAUGGACUUCUUUAAGGACUAUGAACUAUCAGAAGAACGUAUUUAUAUAGUGCUUAAUGCAGAAAGUAGGCCAAGCGGGGAAGCUUACGUAGAAUUUGCAAAUGCAGUUGCCUCACGUUCUGCAAUGGCAAAGGAUAGAAUGACUCUGGGGAGGCGUUAUAUUGAGUUAUUUCCUUCAACAACAAAGGAGAUGGAUGAUGCUCUUUCUAAAGGUCGCUGAGUUUUGGUAUUAUACAUACAGGAUUUACUUAGAUUUGUGAUCAGUAGAUGUUUAGCGUUCGAGUUCCCUUUUUAUUUAGCUUACCUAGUUUGGAAAGUGAUGCAAGUUGCUCCGAGUGAAAAACUGUUUUAGUACUAGUUUCCAUGAGUGCAUGACAUUCAGAGGCAACGCUUAUUUAUGAUGUAUUGUUUCCUUUGGAAUGCUAAAGCUUAAUGCUGUAUCAUGUUUCUUAUCUUUAGCGCAUGCCAUUCACAUUA